AUGGUUAAACGGAAACUCACCGAUAACGUUAGUGACGACGAAACAAACAUGGAUCGAGAAAUUUCGAAGGGAUUAAAGUUCCUAACUUCCCUCGGAGACUCCAAUUCAAAUCAGCGAAAUUCAACAGAAGUAAAAACUAAGGAUCUAAAUCCUGAAAACACUUUAAAGCUUACUGAUUUGGAAGAAUUGGACAGUGGUAGUGAGGCUGAUGAUGACGAUGAUGAAGAUGAUUUGGGUGAUGAUAAUCGCUUGAAAAAUCCGAACGCCGACCCACUCAAAGCAGAAGAAGGCCCAAGUUCUAGUAAAGGGAAAAGUCUCUUGUUUGAAGAUUCUGAUGAUCGUAAUAAAGGUGGAUCUAAAGGUGGUUUACUAAAGACACGUGGUGUUAAAAGGCGUAAACGAAAAGCUAUUAAUAUGGGCUCCUCCGAUGAAGAAGAUGAUCCAGACGAAGAAGCACAAGAUGAGAGUGAAUUAGACGAUCACGAGGGAGAUGAGGUAGAUUACAUGACUAAUUCAUCAUCAGAUGAAGAGAAAUUAUCUAUCGCCCUGAAAACUCUACUUACUGACAUCAGUAGUGAAGAGGAAAAGUCUGAAGAUGACAUGCAAGACGUAGAGGAAAAUCCACCUGUUGAUGAUGAGGAUAAUAUCUAUUCUAAGAGACGUAGUGAAAUAGAUGAUAUGACAAAACCUCAAAGAAAUGAUUUUCAAAAGGGUACAAAACAUUCAAUAUCUAUUCAUAAAUCAGAUGAUAGAUUAGAGGCCACUGCAAAAUCUCAUCGUAGUCAUAAAAAACGUCAAGACAACGACAAUGACAGUGGAUCAUCAUCAAGUUCGAGUUCUUCAUCGGCUGAUGAUUCUUCUACAUAUUCUUCAUCUGAUUCCGACCUUGACAACCGGCUUAAAUCAAUACAGAAAAAUGCGAAAAAAGCUGAAGUGUUGCAAAAACUCUCAGAAACCAUUCAUGCACCUUCACUUUCAUCUGGAAUUAAUAGUGGUAGCAGUCCAAUUGACAAUCAACCAGUAAGCUGUGGCAAUAAUUCAAAUUUAAAACGUUUACCUAUUGAUUUAUCUGCAUCUGUUAAUUCAGACACUUCAGCAGAUUCACCCGCUGCAAAAAAAUUACGAAAUGACACACCAUCUGGUACAUCAACAAUUUCAACUGACAAUGAAUUAGUAAAUACUGUACGUAAAUACUUAAUGAGAAAGCCUAUAACAGUUAGAGAAUUAUUAAAGAAAAUUCGUCUACGUAAAUUGGUUGGUAAAAAUGAAGAUGCACAAACAGUAUUGGCUAAUGUAUUACGUCAGCUGAGACCUAUCAAACAGACAAUUAAUGGACAACACGCUUUAUCUUUAAAACAUUAAUUGUCUGAAAUAAAAGUACUAUUUUAAAAAAAUUGCAUGUAUAGACAUUGC